CGUAAACGCUUUCAUAAUCACGGCAGGUCGAAUCGCUUUACGGACACCACCGGCAGUAUUUUGAAGUAUGUAAUUGUCCUUGUAAAGAUGCACCGAACCUAUAUCAUGUACUGAAAGUUGCUGCUCCAGGCUGAAACAUCUGCAUUAAGACCACACGAUGGCAUCUCGUUUCCUCAAGUUCUCUGUGCUUCUCCAGAAGUACCGGGCUCCGUUGCUCCUUGCGAGCUGUGGAGGAGUCUUUGCAGCCAACAUGUUCUACCAUGUUUUCCCCGAUUUGACCUACCGUCAGCUCUAUCAAGCUUGGCAUAAAGGACACCCAGUGGUGCUGUCGGAAAAGCUGGAAAGUGUCUUUCAGCAGGUCCUGAAGGACUUCGGUGUCAGCUCAGUCAAGAACUUCUCUGCCUUUGCCUCCUUCGGAUUCCACCCGGUUGGUGCUGGUGUUCCAUGGCUUCCUGCUGGCGCCCAAAUCGGCAUCCCAGCCAACUUUAACAGCACCACAGACGAUCCGAGUGGAAUAACCAACCGCAACAUCUUCAUCAACGGGAAAACAGUGAACUGGAGCAGCGAGGCCGGCUCUGCUCUGAAGGAGGCGCUAGUGUUCUCUGCAGAGGCACAGAAGUUCGCCAUUGCUCGGGAGGUGGCCCGCUUACAAUCCGGGGGUCCGGUCCUGACAGCCGCAGUCGCUCCAUUCUGCCUGGGCGGGGUUUGGGUGUACAGCGUGGUGCUGAAGCAGGUGUUCAGCCUGCAUGGCGGCCCCGUGCUGAUGCGUUUGGCAGUGAACAUUCUGGCGCUGGGAAUCGGGGCCGUUUCUUACUUCCUCACCUCUGACGCUCUCAGCCAGUGGAUUGACUACAGCUCAGACCAACACGCAGCGGGAGUGUCUCAGGAGUACGCCAGAGGAGGAGUGGAGUUUUAUGAUAAAAUCCUGUCCAGAAACAAGACGCUGCGCUCACUGAUGGGACAGAAAGGCGAGGAGAUGUAUGCGCCCAGUGGGAACCUGUUUCCUGCUCACGUCCUUCAGCUGAAGCACACGCCUUACACCUCCAGGAGAGAAGGCAUACUCGCUCUGAUAAAAGAAGAGAAAGCAUAAAGCGACAAAGCUGUUACCAUCAGGCUGAUAUUUCUAAUAGAAAUAUGCCUUUCUGCAUCUGUUGAAUAUUUAUUUUUUUGGCAUUAAGAUAGAAUUCAAGGUGUCAGAUAUGUAACUUUUAUCCAAUAAAAAGAUGUGGUUGAUUCUGAAUUCAGCUGACAUUUACUGCUUUAAUGUGAAAAAUAUCAACAACCCUUGGACUUUUUCACAUUUUGACCAAAAACUUCUGUAUAUUUAGAUGGGAUUUAAUGUUAACCAGCAGAAAGCAAAUAAAUCAUCGUGAAAUUGAA